AUUCUAACUAUAAUGCGGAGGGGCCAAAUUUUUUUAAUACAAAGUCAGCUUCGGCGACAAUAGAAAAUGAGGAUGAAAUGAAUCUGGAGUCGAGAAAUAAUUUGAUCUUGGAGGUACAUUUCACAUUUGUGUCGGUGCAUCACUACUCAUACUCAUAAGUCGUACCACUGCUUUAUUCGUAUUGUUAAAAUUCCACUCAUCUCUCUCGGUGGUUUCCAAAUGAGAAGAAGAAUUUAAGCAAAUUAAGCAACAAGCAAAUCAGUGAAUCUUAAAAGAUACAAGAGGAAGAAGAUUUGGGGAAAUGGGCAGCACGACGCCGCUUGGAUCCGCCGUGAAGCUCCUCCUCCUCUUGUCCGUGGCCACUUUACUCUUCCUUUUCAUCACACUCUCCUCCGAUCUCCCCCGAGCCGUUGCUUAUAAUCAUCAUCAUGAUGCUGAUGCUUCUUCUUAUAAUGGAGUUGAAUUAUCAUUUCAUACUUCAAGAUCUGUAUUGGCCCUCAAGUCUGAUCCUCUCAGACCCCGUCUCGAUCAGAUCCGUAAGCAGGCUGAUGAUCACAAAUCCCUUGUGCUUGCUUACGCUUCCUACGCCCGCAAGCUCAAGCUUGAAAACUCCAAGCUUGUUCGUGUUUUUGCUGAUCUCUCCCGUAAUUAUACCUAUCUCCUUUCCAGCCCUGCUUACCAACCGCUGCACAGCUCCGACUCUAGUUCCAUUGACGAAUCACUUCUCAGGCAGUUUGAGAAGGAGGUCAAGGAGCGUAUUAAGCUCACCAGACAGGUCAUCACCGAGGCCAAAGAGUCUUUUGAUAAUCAACUCAAAAUUCAGAAGUUAAAAGAUACCAUCUUUGCUCAGAAUGAGCAGUUGACUAAGGCUAAGAAGCAAGGGGCUUUUUCCAGUUUGAUUGCUGCUAAAUCCAUCCCCAAGAGCUUGCAUUGUGUUACGAUGAGGCUCAUGGAAGAGAGGAUUGCCAAUCCGGAUAAGUAUUCUGAUGAGGGGAAGGAAACUCCGCCUGUAAUUGAAGAUCCAAACCUAUAUCACUAUGCAAUUUUCUCUGAUAAUGUGAUUGCAGCUUCGGUGGUGGUGAAUUCGGCUGUGAAGAAUGCGAAAGAUCCUAGUCAGCAUGUUUUUCAUGUUGUCACUGAUAAAAUGAAUCUCGGAGCUAUGCAAGUUAUGUUUAAGAUGAGGGAUUACAAUGGCGCCCAUGUUGAGGUCAAGGCAGUUGAAGACUACAAAUUCUUGAACUCUUCUUAUGUUCCGGUUCUUCGCCAGCUUGAAUCUGCAAAUCUGCUCAAGUUCUAUUUUGAGAACAAACUCGAGAAUGCCACCAAAGACACAACCAAUAUGAAGUUUAGGAACCCAAAGUAUUUGUCUAUAUUGAAUCAUAUCAGGUUUUAUCUGCCUGAAUUGUACCCGAAGCUGCAUAGGAUUUUGUUUUUGGAUGAUGAUAUUAUUGUCCAGAAGGAUUUGACCGGACUUUGGAAGAUAGAUAUGGACGGGAAGGUGAACGGAGCUGUUGAGACGUGCUUUGGGUCUUUUCAUCGGUAUGCACAAUACAUGAAUUUUUCUCAUCCACUGAUCAAACAGAAUUUCAGCCCAAAGGCAUGUGCGUGGGCUUAUGGGAUGAACUUCUUUGAUCUGGAUGCUUGGAGGAAAGAGAAGUGCACUGAGCAGUACCAUUACUGGCAGAAUCUGAAUGAAAACCGGACCUUGUGGAAAUUGGGGACGUUGCCACCAGGCCUGAUCACAUUCUACUCAACAACCAAGCCACUAGACAAAUCUUGGCAUGUGUUGGGUCUUGGGUACAACCCAAGCAUAAACAUGGAAGAGAUUCGAAAUGCUGCAGUGGUUCACUUUAACGGGAACAUGAAACCAUGGCUUGAUAUUGCCAUGAACCAGUUUCGCUCAAUAUGGACAAAGUAUGUUGAUUAUGAUAAUGAGUUCAUACAGGACUGCAAUUUCGGUCUAUAAAGAUUUUAACCAAGGUUGAAGCCAAGGUCGGAGGAUCUGCCAAUGCGCAGUCCAACUGCAAACAUCUGGAUUAUGGUGCUCAUGCUUCUUUACACUUUUACUUAAAUUUAGUGCUCAUGUUUAUUUCUGUAGAAGUUGUGUCUACGGCAACAUAGCAAUCUUCUAUGCUAUGCUUCUUAAUUGUUCAUAGUGGUUACACUAAUUUUUUUGAAAUGAUGAAUGGUUUAUCAAGAACAUUGCUUGAAAUUGCUGUUUACUAAUAAAUAUAUACAUAAAAGUUGUUUGUGAUACAA